CUGCGACACUCACGGGCGUCAAGGCUACAAAAGCGGUCCCCCGGAUUUGAAAGCCCAACUAUACAGCAUACAACCCAUCUUUUUUCUAAAUACCACCGUCAACUACGCCGCACGCCAUCGACAUGUCUUCUCAACCCACCCCUUUUACAGCGCCCAGUUACCGACGAUGGCAAACUCGCUCCGCCACCAGAGCUGCCAUCGAGCCCUAUGCCAGCGACUAAGCCCGCGGCUUUCUCGAGCCACGAAGACUGCUGGCCUGAGGAAGCAACUCGAACUACUCCCCACACGGAUUUGACCUCAGCGCCGAUGACCAGAAGUGGGAGCCUCCGCAUGGCGGGAUGGGGGUUCUCGGAUAAUUUCCAAGGCUCAGAAAAUUCUACUUUUAAACUAGUUAGCACUGGUCAUUCCGUGCACGGUCAAGCCCGGUUCGGCUCGCUGAACCGUUUGGGUCAAUCGGGUGCUGCAGCUAGCAUGGUGCUGGUCGGCUGA